UCAACGCUCAGUUGAAUCAUUUCUUCUUCUUUCUCUUGCGUUUUGCUGGUAAAGUAAACACACGCUUUCCGGUUCAGCGCUGGUUUCUUCUGAGAAUUAUCUCGACCGGAAUAAGUCAAAAUGGCUGCCUAUGCUGACAAAAGUGACAUGAAGGCGGGCGUGAUGGAUGAUGGGUCACCCAUCCACCGCAUCCGUAUCACCCUUACUUCCAGCAAUGUCAGAUCACUUGAGAAGGUGUGCUCUGAUCUUGUCCGAGAAGCCAAGUUAAAGCAGCUGAAAGUCAAAGGCCCAGUCCGCAUGCCCACCAAGACACUCCGCAUCACCACCCGUAAGACACCAUGUGGUGAAGGUUCAAAGACCUGGGAUCGAUUCCAGAUGAGAAUCCACAAGAGAGUUAUUGACUUACACUCUCCAUCUGAAGUGGUCAAACAGAUCACCAGCAUUAGCAUUGAACCUGAUGUGGAUGUUGAAGUUACCAUUGCUGAGUAAAUUGUCAGCUUAACAUCAAUAAAGGCUAUCAGAGUACAAA